UGAUCCCUUGUUGGCACUUGUCAUGGGGAGGGAGAAGUGGAACCAUCGUGGCAUAAAUAUACAUGGUUGUAAUCUGUAAUAUCGUGAUCAGUGAUUGAGACAGUUGGAGGCAGUUGGAGGUCAACGUUUACCAAAAAGAUAAAGCCAAUAAAAUCUAAUUGUGCUUUCCUAUCAAAUCAAGUGAUAUAUGUACAUCUAAGCAAGCAAAAAAAUAAUAACAACAAUAGCUAAACGAAAGUUGUGUCAAAGAAGAAAAAAAAAAAAAAAAAAAACAAAAAAAAGUGAGAGGAGGGGAUUUGAAAAGGAGCACAGUGUGUUGGGUCAAGGGUCAUUCGGCGGCGUGGCGUUGGGGCAUUCACUGUAACCGGAUUCACCCGAAUUUAUCCGAACUUAUAAAAAAUAUAUACAUCAUUUACAAAAUAGUACAUAGACACAUAGUACAUAUGUAACUAAAAAAAAAAAAAAAAAAGCCAAAGGUAAACGCCACAAACUGCCGCAAAACGACGAAAAAUUAACGUCGCUACUGUCGUUUUUUUUAAUAGUAAAGCCGUGAACUCUACAUAUAUUGGGGAAGCGUGAGUGAGCGUGAUCGUGAGCGUGAAAUAAAAAAAUACUCCAUUUUCAAUACAUACCCAAUAUAUUCAGUGUGCAAGUAACGCCGUUAAUGUCGCAUUUACCCGCGGUUUUUAUCCACGUUCGUUGUUGAAAGAAGAAAAAAAAAGAAAAAAAAGUUUUUUUUUAUGGUUCAUAUAUUGUGAAUUUUACAUUAAUUUAAUAAAAAUAAUUGACAAUGGCAUCUGACGAUGAAGUUGAUGAAAAUUAUGGUGGAGAAGAGGAUGUUGAUGAAACAGCUGCAACAGUAGCAAAUGUAAAUCCACCAUUAGAUGGUUCAUCUGAUGCUGAAGAUCCACAAAGACUUAAGGAAGAUGAUGAUUAUGAGCCAGAAGAACGAAAAAAGAAAAAAGGCAAAAAAAGGAAAGCUAGAAGUGAGGAUAAAAAAGGAAAAAAAAAGAAGAAAAAGAAAAAAUCUGAUUCUGGUGAUGAAAGUGAUUAUGGUGGAGGAGGUGUUGGUGGUACUGGUGAAGUUGCUGAUGGUGCUGGUGAAGAUAGUGAUUAUGGUAGUAAUCGUAAAAGUAGAAAAUCAUCAUCACGUAAAUCAUCAAGUCAUAAUACAUCAACAACACAAAGUCAAGAACCAGCAACUGGAAUGCCAACAAUUGAAGAAGUUUGUAGUACAUUUGAUUUAACUGAUGUACAAAUUGAUUAUAGUGAUGCUGAUUUUCAAAAUUUAACAACAUAUAAAUUAUUUCAACAACAUGUUAGACCUUUAUUGGCUAAAGAAAAUCCAAAAGUACCAAUGUCUAAAUUAAUGAUGUUAGUUGCUGCUAAAUGGCGUGAUUUUUCUGAAUUAAAUCCACAUACACAAGGUGAUGCUGAUGUAUCAACAGCAAAUGUUGAUGAAGAAAGUAGAGGUGUUAGAUCAAAUCGUGGUGCACCAGUACAAGAAGCUGAUGAAGAUGAUGAUGAUGAUGAAGAUAGUGAUCGUAAACGUAAAUCACGUGGUUCACGUGCUAAAAAAGGAAAAAAAGCAUCAAAAGUACCAACACUUAAAAUUAAAUUAGGCAAAAGAAAACGUGGAAGUUCUGAUGAAGAAGCUGAAGGUAGUACUGCUGGUACUGAUCGUGAUUCUGAUAUGGAAUUUGAACAAAUGUUAGCUGAUGCUGAGGAUCCAGUUGAAGAUGCAACUAAAGUUGAAGAUAAUGCACCAGAAGUACCAGCUGAACCACCAAUACGUAGAAAGGCCAAAACAAAGAUUGGUAAUAAAACUAAAAAGAAAAAAACAAAAAAAACAGCAUCUAAAUUUCCAGAUGGCGAGACUGAUCAUCAAGAUUAUUGUGAAGUUUGUCAACAAGGUGGUGAAAUAAUACUUUGUGAUACAUGCCCAAGAGCAUAUCAUUUAGUUUGUCUUGAGCCAGAAUUAGAAGAAACACCUGAAGGAAAAUGGAGCUGUCCACACUGCGAAGGCGAAGGUAUAACAGGUGCUGCUGAUGAUGAUGAUGAACACAUGGAAUUUUGUCGAGUGUGUAAGGACGGUGGUGAAUUACUAUGUUGUGAUAGUUGUACAAGUGCAUAUCACACUCAUUGUUUAAAUCCUCCAUUAACAGAAAUACCAGAAGGUUCAUGGAAAUGUCCAAGAUGUUCAUGUCCACCAAUAAUGGCUAAAGUAUCAAAAAUAUUAACAUGGAGAUGGAAAGAAAUAACAGAUGAAUCAUCUGAUGAACCAUCAACAAGUAAAACACCACCAAAAACACGUAAAAUACGUGAAUUUUUUGUUAAAUGGGCUGAUAUGUCAUAUUGGCAUUGUGAUUGGAUAACUGAAUUACAACUUGAUGUAUUUCAUCCACUUAUGUUUAGAAAUUAUUCAAGAAAAUAUGAUAUGGAUGAACCACCAAAACUUGAAGAACCACUUGAUGAAAGUGAUAGUCGUGUUAAACGUUUAAGAGAUCAUGAUGGUGGUCAUAAUCGUGAUGAAUAUAAUCUUGAAGAAAGAUUUUAUCGUUAUGGUGUACGUCCAGAAUGGUUAGUUGUACAUCGUGUUAUUAAUCAUCGUCUUCAACGUGAUGGUAGAGCAACAUAUUUAGUUAAAUGGCGUGAAUUAGGAUAUGAUUUAGCAACAUGGGAAGAUGAACAUGAAGAUAUACCUGGUUUAAAACAAGCUAUUGAUUAUUAUUCUGAUUUACGUGCAGCAAAUUCACUUGAAGGUACAACAUCAAGAAAAGGUAAAAAAGGUAAAGGUAAAAAAUCUAAAACACGUGAACUUAUUGAUGAUGAAGAAAGAGUACCAAAAAGAUAUACACCACCACCAGAUAAACCAACAACUGAUUUAAAAAAAAAAUAUGAAAGACAACCAGAUUAUUUAGAAAUAACUGGUAUGCAACUUCAUCCAUAUCAAUUAGAGGGUCUUAAUUGGUUACGUUAUUCAUGGGGUCAAGGGAUUGAUACAAUUCUUGCUGAUGAAAUGGGUCUUGGUAAAACAAUUCAAACAAUAACAUUUUUAUAUUCAUUAUAUAAAGAGGGACAUUGUAAAGGACCAUUUUUAGUAUCAGUACCAUUAUCAACAAUUAUUAAUUGGGAACGUGAAUUUGAAACAUGGGCACCUGAUUUUUAUUGUGUAACAUAUGUUGGUGAUAAAGAUUCACGUAUUGUUAUACGUGAAAAUGAAAUGUCAUUUGAAGAAGGUGCUGUACGUGGUGGACGUGCAUCAAAAAUACGUUCAUCACAAAUUAAAUUUAAUGUAUUAUUAACAAGUUAUGAACUUGUAUCAAUUGAUUCAGCAUGUUUAGGCUCCAUUGAUUGGGCUGUAUUAGUUGUUGAUGAAGCACAUAGAUUAAAAUCAAAUCAAUCAAAAUUUUUUAGAUUAUUGGCAUCAUAUAAUAUUGCAUAUAAAUUAUUAUUAACUGGUACACCAUUACAAAAUAAUCUUGAAGAAUUAUUUCAUUUAUUAAAUUUUCUUUGUCGUGAUAAAUUUAAUGAUUUAUCAACAUUUCAAAAUGAAUUUGCUGAUAUAUCUAAAGAAGAACAAGUUAAAAAAUUACAUGAAAUGUUAGGACCACAUAUGUUACGUCGUUUAAAAGCUGAUGUAUUAAAAAAUAUGCCAAGUAAAUCAGAAUUUAUUGUACGUGUUGAAUUAUCACCAAUGCAAAAAAAAUAUUAUAAAUAUAUUUUAACAAGAAAUUUCGAAGCAUUAAAUCCCAAGGGUGGUGGACAACAAGUAUCAUUAUUAAAUAUUAUGAUGGAUUUAAAAAAAUGUUGUAAUCAUCCAUAUUUAUUUCCUGCAGCUUCACAAGAAGCACCAACUGGACCAAAUGGUAAUUAUGAAACAACAGCAUUAAUUAAAGCUGCUGGUAAACUUGUAUUAUUAAGUACAAUGUUAACAAAAUUACGUUUAGAUGGUCAUCGUGUAUUAAUAUUUUCACAAAUGACAAAAAUGUUAGAUAUACUUGAAGAUUAUCUUGAGGGUGAAGGUUAUAAAUAUGAAAGAAUUGAUGGUAAUAUAACUGGUACACAACGCCAAGAAGCUAUUGAUAGAUUUAAUGCACCUGGUGCACAACAAUUUGUAUUUUUAUUAUCAACACGUGCUGGUGGUCUUGGUAUUAAUUUAGCAACAGCAGAUACUGUGAUAAUUUAUGAUUCUGAUUGGAAUCCACAUAAUGAUAUACAAGCAUUUUCACGUGCUCAUCGUAUUGGACAAGCAAAUAAAGUUAUGAUAUAUCGUUUUGUAACACGUAAUUCAGUUGAAGAACGUGUUACACAAGUUGCUAAAAGAAAAAUGAUGCUUACACAUUUAGUUGUUAGACCUGGUAUGGGUGGUAAAGGUUCAAAUUUUUCAAAACAAGAACUUGAUGAUAUAUUACGUUUUGGUACUGAAGAAUUAUUUAAAGAAGAAGAAGGUAAAGAAGAUGAAGCUAUUCAUUAUGAUGAAAAAGCUGUUGCUGAAUUAUUAGAUCGUAGUAAAGAAGGAAUUGAACAAAAAGAAAAUUGGGCAAAUGAAUAUUUAAGUUCAUUUAAAGUUGCAUCAUAUGUUACUAAAGAAGGUGAAAUUGAAGAAGAAGCUGAUACUGAAAUUAUUAAACAAGAAGCUGAAAAUACUGAUCCAGCAUAUUGGAUUAAAUUAUUAAGACAUCAUUAUGAACAACAACAAGAAGAUAUUGCUAGAACACUUGGCAAAGGUAAACGUGUUAGAAAACAAAUUAAUUAUAGUGAUGGUGGUGUUACUGGUGAUCAAGGUGCACGUGAUGAUCAACCAUGGCAAGAAAAUUUGUCUGAUUAUAAUAGUGAUUUUAGUGCACCAAGUGAUGAUGAUAAAGAGGAUGACGAUUUUGAUGAAAAAGGUGAUGGAGAUUUAUUAUCAAGACGUAGUAGACGUCGUCUUGAAAGACGUGAUGAAAAAGAUAGACCAUUACCACCACUUUUAGCAAGAGUCAAUGGAAAUAUGGAGGUACUUGGAUUUAAUGCCAGACAAAGAAAAGCAUUUUUAAAUGCAAUAAUGAGAUAUGGAAUGCCACCACAAGAUGCAUUUAAUUCACAAUGGUUGGUGCGAGACCUCAGGGGAAAAUCCGAAAAGAACUUCAAGGCCUACGUUUCAUUAUUUAUGCGUCAUCUUUGUGAACCUGGUGCUGAUAAUGCUGAAACAUUUGCUGAUGGUGUACCACGUGAGGGUUUAAGUCGUCAACAUGUAUUAACAAGAAUUGGUGUCAUGUCAUUGAUACGUAAAAAAGUACAAGAAUUUGAACAUAUUAAUGGAUAUUAUUCAAUGCCUGAAAUGAUUCGUAAACCAGUUGAGCCUGUUAAAAAUGAUGGUACAGCAACAAUAGCAGCUGUAGCAGCUGGAACAACAAUAACAACAGUUACUGGUGAUGCUGCAUCAACAGCUACUGCUACAACAACAACUGCUUCUGGUGCUGCUAAUAGUAAUGCAACUACAACAGUUACAAAUGCCGUUAGUCCGACAACAGUAGCAACAACAACAACAACUGUCGUUGCCACAGAUGGUACAACAACAACUACAACAACAGCAGCAACAGAAACAGCAGGAGAAACAACAACAACAACUGCAACAGCAGAAACAACAACUACUAGUAGUACUACUACAUCUCCAACUACUGUUACAUCACCAUCAGAAACAACAAAUACAACUGAAACUGAAUCAAAAUCUAUAAGUUCUGAGUCUACUGAUGAUAAAGAAAUUAAAGAAGAUGAUAAAGAAAAAGAAAAAGAAAAAUUAGAUAUUAAAGAAAUAAAAGAUGAAUCAAAAGAUACUAAAGAAAUAUCUGAAAUUGUUAAUGAUAAACAAAAAGACAAUGAAGAAGAAAAAAUAACAGAAAAUGAAAAUUCUGAUAAAGAUAAAGAACCAGUUGAUCUUAAAACUGAAAAACCAAUAACAACACCAGCAGAAACAACAAUAACUCUAAUAAAAAAUGAUGAAAAAUCUGAUAAUGAAACAAAGCCAAAGGUUGAAAAUGAUGAGGAAGUUGUUAUUGUCAAAGAUGAUGAAGAAGAUGCUGAAAAUAAAGAUACAAAAGAUACAAAAGAUAAAGAUAGCAAAGAUAAUGAAGUUGAUAUUAAACCAAAACGUAAAUUUAUGUUUAAUAUUGCUGAUGGUGGUUUUACUGAAUUACAUACAUUAUGGUUAAAUGAAGAAAAAGCUGCAGUGCCAGGACGUGAAUAUGAAAUAUGGCAUAGAAGACAUGAUUAUUGGUUACUUGCUGGUAUUGUAACACAUGGUUAUGGACGUUGGCAAGAUAUACAAAAUGAUAUUAGAUUUGCAAUAAUAAAUGAACCAUUUAAAAUGGAUGUUGGUAAAGGUAAUUUUUUGGAAAUUAAAAAUAAAUUUCUUGCAAGACGUUUUAAAUUAUUAGAACAAGCACUUGUUAUUGAAGAACAAUUAAGAAGAGCAGCAUAUCUUAAUUUAACACAAGAUCCAAAUCAUCCAGCAAUGAGUCUUAAUGCAAGAUUUGCUGAAGUUGAAUGUCUUGCUGAAUCACAUCAACAUCUUAGUAAAGAAUCACUUGCUGGUAAUAAACCAGCAAAUGCUGUACUACAUAAAGUAUUGAAUCAAUUGGAAGAACUUUUAUCAGAUAUGAAAUCUGAUGUUAGUCGUUUACCAGCAACAUUAGCACGUAUACCACCAGUUGCACAACGUUUACAAAUGUCUGAACGUUCAAUUCUCAGUCGUCUUGCUGCAACAGCACCUGGUGGUGCAACAACACCAACUGGUCAAGCUGCAUUAUUAGCACAACAAUUUCCAGCUGGUUUUUCUGGUGGACAAUUACCAGCAUCAUUUGCUGGUGCAGCUAAUUUUAGCAAUUUCAGGCCACAGUUCUCGGUACCGGGACAACCCCCACAGGGUUUUACAGGUUCGAAAUGACUUAAUAAUCCAAUCAACAAAAUGAAUUAAAAUGUCAUUGUUAUUAUUAUUAUCAUCAUCCAUCAAAUAAUGCUGCUACCUGACUAAAAAAAAAACAAAAAAAAAAUAUUAUUUUAUUAUUAAUAUUAUUAAUAUUAUUAUUAUAAUUAUAAUUAUUAUUCUGAUAAAUUUCCAGUCUAGUAUGAACCUGUGUAUUGUUUUUUUUUUUUUUUUUUUUAUCGUUUUUAUUUUAUUUUUUUUUUUUUGCGUGCAGCAUUUUCAAUUAAAAAAAAAAAUGAUGACUCUGAAAAAUAUAUUCAGAAAAUUAAUAAGUGUAUGUGUCAUAAACAAAACUCUUGACAAAAUUAAAAAGUUUUUUUUUUUUCUUUUUUUAUGAUUAUUUUUUAAUUGAAUAUAAGAUGAACGAAUGAUUUUUCUUUUGUGCGAUUUGUAAUAUUAUUUUUUUCGUGAGAAUCACAUUAGAUUAGUUGAUUUUUCACUUUUAAAAACCUAAGAUUUAAAACAAAAAAAAAAAAAUGAUAAAAAUUGAUACACGUAAUAAUACGUAACAAUAAAAAAAAAAAAAAAUUACACUUCUCUGUAUUUAUUAUCUGUACAUUUGGCGUACCAUAUAAAAAACAAAAAAAAAAAAAACAUUUUGUAUUUAAA